CUGAUGUUUAUUAAGGUGGACUCCCUACUACAAAACCUGAUGAAGGAGAGGAGUGGAUGAAGGAAAGAAAGCUGAUAGAAAAGCUGAAAGCUUAAAGCUGAAAGAAAGCUGAUAGCCGAAAGAGAGCUCCUUUCCUCAUGUUCUAGCUGUAUCUCUCUCUGUCUCUCUCUCUUGCACUUCUUCCAUUACCAGUAAUUGUAUCUUUAAAGCCUGAGAGAGAAACAGCACCAAUAUCAACAACAGCGGCAUAGAAGAAAGAAGAAAGUGAGCGAGGAAUCUCUUUGGUGGGAUAUUUGAGGAGAUAACCACAAAACAAAAGUGAGAAAAGAAAUUCCCAUGUUAGCCAGCAAUUCCUCCCCUAGUCUUCCAUCUUCUGAGGCAUUUACUUGCUUAGAAAAUGGAAAUAACAACAACAAGAGAAAAAGAAGGCCAGCCGGAACUCCAGAUCCCGACGCCGAGGUGGUUUCCCUAUCACCGAAGACGUUAUUGGAGUCAGACCGCUAUGUCUGCGAGAUCUGCAAUCAGGGAUUCCAGAGAGACCAGAACCUCCAGAUGCACCGACGUCGGCAUAAGGUGCCGUGGAAGCUGCUCAAGAGGGAAACACCAGAGGUUCGAAAGAGAGUGUUUGUAUGCCCAGAGCCCAGCUGCUUGCACCAUGACCCUUGCCACGCACUGGGCGAUCUCGUCGGCAUAAAGAAGCAUUUUAGAAGGAAGCACAGCAAUCACAAGCAAUGGGUGUGCGAGAAGUGCUCGAAAGGAUACGCUGUUCAAUCAGAUUACAAGGCUCAUCUCAAAACCUGUGGCACCAGAGGCCAUUCCUGUGACUGUGGCCGUGUCUUCUCGAGAGUGGAGAGUUUCAUUGAACACCAAGACGCUUGCAAUGCCGGGCGUCUCAGAACUGAGUUGCAGACACUACAAUCAGCCUGUCUGUCUCGAACAACUUCAAGCCGGAGCCCAUCAAGCGACACAAAUUUCAGUACAGCUCCUUGGCCGGGAUUGAGAAUGCAAAAGCCGACAGAACCCGUCUUCUUAUGCCCGGAACGGAAUAAUCCUUCAGUCAUAGAACAACGCCACAAUCUGGAACUUCAGCUGUUACCUUCAUCGAAUCCUCUCUCGAACACCUUUGAUGUAUCGGUUUCCCCAAAUUCAGACGAAAACCAGGCUACCCAGCUGCAGCUUUCUAUUGGAUCAUGCGAUCAUGGCGAGAAAAUCGAAUCACACAAUGGCAGUUCGAGCAAAAAUGCAGGUAGGGUCUCUCCUAGAGACAAGAAAGCCAUUGAAGAACCAGCUUUGGCAACUUCUAGGUUGAAAGAACAGGCGAGGGAGCAGCUACGGUUGGCCAUGGCAGAGAAGGCCUUUGCCGAAGAGGCGAGACAACAAGCGAAGCGGCAGAUUGAAUUGGCUGAGCAGGAGUUCGCAAACGCCAAGCGAAUCAGGCAACAAGCUCAAGCCGAACUUGACAAAGCUCAGAUUCUGAAGGAACACGCGACAAAGCAAAUCAACUCUACCAUUCUACAAAUCACUUGUCACGCCUGCAAGCAACAGUUCCAAGCGUCGACGUUAGUCGCACCUCCUGAUGAAAACUCUCUCGUCAUUAGUUAUAUGUCUUCAGUAAUAACAGAAGGUGAGGGUGAGAAUGAUAACAAAACUCAUCAAGCAAAAAUAUCCAAAGCAUAGAUCUUUCUUUCUCUCUCUCUCUCUCUCUCUCAAGAUUUCUAUCUAGACCUACUUCUUCUAUUACUGUACCAGGUGGGGUGUUGUAAUUAUCGUUGAAUGUUGGUUAACGGGAUUUUUAUUACCUGCAAUGUUGUGUUCGUUUUGUUUAUUUUUUCAUUUUUUCAAGGAAGGGAAAGGAGACUGCCACGGUGGGUUAGCUUUUUGUUUUUCAGUCAAAAUUUUCUCGUGAUCGAACUGUUUGUAUUUUGGUUAUAAUUACAGAAAAUUCUCAUGCAAACGUUUCCUUCA